GGAGGUGGAGGUGGAGGUGGCGGAUGGAAUGACAUCGGAGCCCCUUGCAAUAACAUGUGUGGUAGCGGAAGGCCAAAAUCAAGAUACGUCAUGGGCUUUGGCGGUAACGAGGUAUGCAAAGGAAAAGGUGGCAGCGAGAUCAUCGGUGACGGCGCGAUGGGGCUUCCAGAGCUCAUCGGAGGAGGCAUGACGGGCAUAGCGGGAAGCGGAUGCACGAUGCCCGUCGAAGGGCCCGCCAUAGCCUGCGCUAUCGCCUCAGCAGCUUGUCGCUCUCUCUUGCGUCGUUUCUUCUUUGCAGUCUUGCUUUCGCCCGGAGGUGCGCCCGUCGACGCGAGAGUCGGCUGUGUAUGGGUAGGAAGGGGACGUAGGCGCUGGCUUGGGGAGACUGAGUUGUCACCGCGUUUGCGUUUCUGUCCUGUAAAGGUCGAGCGGUCGCUCCCAUAAUUCUGGUGUCCGUUAGGGGUCACGUCGACUAGAGCACUCUUCAGGGGUGGCUCGUCAUGGUAAUGCGUGUCGCGUAGGUAAAGAGGCGGGUCGAGCCAAGCGUCUGGCUUAUAGUCAUCAACGAACUCGAGCUCCAUGCCUUCCUGCGGUGAAG